CACACAUGCGCUUUCCUGCUCACCAUUGGGACCACCCUCUGCUCUGUGCACAGCCCCCUGCUCCCCCCUCAUCCUGAUCCUUCUCCACUAGGGACCAAGGAGGUUUUCAGCACUUGCCACGGCAGUUUGCAAAUGGACAGCACCACAAAGGCUCAGUGAUUCCUCGCAUUGGCUGCUCGCUUGACAGUAAACACAGCUGACAGUCAAUCUCUAGCGCUCAGUCGGGACCUCACUGAGAAAAGAAGCCUUUUGUGGACUAUCUGCUUAAAAUAAUUAAGCUUGUCAACCAGAAACCCAGCAGGGUAUCUUCCACACAUCCUUACUCGAACUAAAACAUCGGCGACAUGGAAGAAGACAUGGACGAGGGGCAGACCCAAAAAGGAUGCCUUGAGUGCUGCAUCAAAUGCCUGGGCGGGAUCCCGUACCCUUCCCUCAUAGCCACCAUCCUGCUGUACGCCGGCGUGGCUCUGUUCUGUGGCUGCGGGCAUGAGGCGCUGUCCGGCACUGUCACCAUCCUCCAGAACUACUUUGAGGUGGUGCGGAGUCCUGUGGACGCCCUGGAUGUCUUCACCAUCAUCGACAUCAUCAAGUAUGUGAUCUACGGCAUCGCCUCGGCCUUCUUUGUGUACGGGAUCCUGCUGAUGGUGGAGGGAUUCUUCACCAGUGGAGCCAUCAAAGAUCUGUAUGGAGACUUCAAGAUCACCACCUGUGGACGUUGUGUCAGCGCCUGGUUCAUCAUGCUGACAUACAUCUUCAUGCUGGCUUGGCUCGGAGUGACGGCAUUCACCUCCCUGCCAGUCUUCAUUUAUUUUAACAUCUGGAACAUUUGCCAGAAUGCCACAGUCCUGGAGGGGGCUUCGCUCUGCUUGGACCCGCGCCAGUACGGUAUUGUGCCAAUUGCUGAGGGCAAAACUGUGUGCGCUGGAUCGGAAAAAUUCUACAAGAUGUGUGAAUCCAAUGAGCUGGACAUGACGUUCCACCUGUUCAUCUGUGCCCUCGCUGGAGCCGGAGCCGCUGUCAUUGCAAUGAUCCACUAUCUAAUGGUGCUGUCGGCCAACUGGGCCUACGUGAAGGACGCCUGCCGAAUGCAGAAGUACGAGGACAUCAAGUCGAAGGAGGAGCAGGAGCUUCAUGACAUCCACUCCACUCGCUCCAAGGAGCGUCUCAACGCCUACACAUAAAGAGCAGCGUGAGGCUUGGCCCUGCUAAUCCACCCUCUGGAUCCCUCUACCCUCUUUCUCUCUCUCCUCCAUCUAUCAGUCUCUCUCUCUAGAGCGCCCCCUGCUGAGGGAGGGUGGAUGGCACGACGGGGCCCUCGCCAUCGCUGAUGUCAAUGGUGCGUCAUACGACAAUGUGGUCUGGGGGUAGAUGUCACUCAAGUCUCCUCAGUCACAAACCACAUUCUGGAUGAAAAACAAGCCCCUUUACCUCUCUCAUGAACAGUGUUAAACUUUUCAUUAUUGCAGUUGAUUAUUCUUGAAUAAAAAUUGUUUAGUGCUGAUUGUAGUUAUAGUGUAGUCAGUAGAUUCAGAAGUAGCAGUAGAGAUUUUUUUUUUUUAUUUGUUUUAUUACAUCUUUAUUUGAUGUCAUUUUGCUUCUCUGUAUAAGUUAUUUUCAGCAGAUUUGUGAGGGGGGUGAACAGGGGCUUCUUAAAGGGUUUUCAAGCACAUUCCUCGUGUCUGUCUGCAUAUUUCAUGAUCAAGAAUAUGUACAGUGUGAGCAGGUGAUGAGUUUGGAGGAUACUUGUCAUCUGGCGAUCCAACCUUGAACACCUAUGUCGACUCCCACAGAUCAAAACUCCGCCCACAUUUGAACUUGAACCAAAUCUUAAGAACAGAAUCAAGCUAGACGUGCCAACCCUGGUCACACAGGACAAAUCUUAUUUUGAUACGUAUGUCAGUAAUUUAAAAUAAAAGGUUACUUUAGAGCAAACCUAAAAAAAAAUCUUGACACUGAUUCACUUUUUUUCCCAUCAGCUUACAAUCACUAAAAAGCACAUGCUCCCACAACCCCCUCUUUUUUAAUUUAAAGUACCAAAUCUUGCUUUUUCUAAACUGUGUAUAUAUAUAUAAUCACACAUCGAAGCGUUCAGCACCGUCAUCUUUAUUCAAUAUGAAGAUUCCAUGCAACAUCCAUCAGUAAAACUGAUGGUAAAAGACAUACAAGUGCAGAGUAGCACAUCAGUCCAUGAUCUAGAAACUAUCAAAGGAACAAAGGCUUAUUGAGGCGAUGAGUGAAUUUUUACAAUUGACAUUUAAAAAAGAAAAAUUCUUUUUUUUUUUUUUUUUUGUUUUUUAA